ACGACCUGCCGGAACAUGUACAUAGCCUGAUUACCCUUUUACUUUAACCUAUACUUAUUAAAAAAAAAAAACACACACACUAUAUCUAGUUAUCUGUGUCAGUCAUUACAAAUAAAUAAAUAGACAGUUGUCAACGUCCGCAGGUUUUGUUGUCAAAUAUUUGUAACAGUUUUGACACUGCUAACCAGGUAAUCCAAUUGUUUCUCAUAGAGUGCAACCAAAGAGCAGAGAAUGCGAUCAUCAAUUUUCCUGGUGUGUUAUUUGGCCUUAGCGUUUCUAGUACAUGAUGCUUCUUCGACACUAGCCAAACGUGCGUGCGCGUGUCAGUGUAAGCCCAAGACCACUGCUGCUCCAUCGACAACAACGCCAUCUAGAGCUACCACAACCCCAAGACCAGCAACGACAACUAGACCAACCACAACCACCACAGUACAACCGUGUCAGAAGAGAGCCAAGUCUGAUAUUUGGUUCAUACUGGACGCUUCCAGCAGUAUUGGAUUGACCAACUGGGCUCAUCAGACGAAAUUCGCAGCGGACAUCACUCAAGCUUUUACCAUUGGAGUCCUCGACAUUCUAUUUGGUUGCUUAAUUUUUAACUAUGACGUCACGAAGAUAUUCGACCUGAACACCUAUUUAGACAAGACAUCUCUUUACAAUACUAUCCGAGGUAUCCAAUAUCCCACUGGCCAGGGUACUUUUACUUACAAAGGUUUUAAGAAAAUACGAGAAGAUGCCUUGUUCUCAGCUGCUUAUGGUGGCAGAGCUACGGCCAGCAAGAUCGUUAUUGUCAUGACAGAUGGGCAGUCGUCUGAUAAAGCCAAAACUAUUGAGGAAGCAGAACUGUUGAAAAAAGAAGGAGUUGUCAUUAUAGCAGUUGGCAUCGGGAACGCUGUUGACAGCUCUGAGCUUCAAGGGAUGGCCAGUGAUUCAAGUAAAGUGUUUACAGCUGAGAAUUACGAGUUACUGGACGUCAUCAAGAAUAAACUUGUUAAUUUUACAUGUGACAAAGCCAGUGGUCUCUAGAGAGCUCUGACACAACAUGAAUUCGUUGUAAUAAUAAUAAAAUUAACAUUAUUGGGGCUAGUACAA